AUGGAUAGUCAUAAUUUUAACUGUUGGCAAUCAAGCUCUUUUCCAAAACAAGUAAAGCUUUCUACAAGCACGUCAGUUAAUGAUCAAUAUCCAGUGAUUCAGUUUUAUGCUUCAGAUACGCCAAAUGAUGGCUCACUACUUAAUAACAAUAAUUUUCAACCUUUAAAACGACAUACAUCAUUAACAAAUAUUAAUUCACCACCAAAACGACAGCAUUGCACUGAACCAAAUUCAAAUUAUCAAACAGAUGAAGACGAUCGUGAUGAUGAAGACGAAGAGGACGGUGAUAAUUCGAAUACUGGAAGUAUAAACGGUGUUGGAAGUGCUAUUACUAAUGGAAAUAAAGAUGGACAUGUGACAAAUGGAAAAUCAAUAAAGCGAGAUGAUAAUCGAAGACGAGCUGCUCAUACGGCAGCAGAACAAAAACGACGAAAUGCUAUAAGAAAAGGUUACGAUGCCUUACAAAGUCUUGUUCCAAACAGUCAUUUAUUGGAUCCAAUAAGUUCACAAAAAGUUAGCAAAGCUGCUAUAUUGAAACGAUCAACGGAUUAUUUACAACAAUUACACGAAGAAAAACAAAAAUUAAAUCAUCAGUUAGAGGCACUUCGAAACGAAGCAUUUUGUUUAAGAACAAUGCAAAAAACAUAUGAAGAUAUCGUAAAAAUGAAUAUGAAUUCAUCAAAACACGCCAGAGACACUACGCUCGAUGAUGAACAUAAAUUUACAUUAUUUCAAAAUAUAGCCGAUUCAAUAUUUGUCAGUUUUGAUCAAGCUGUUCAAACCGUUAGCAUGCCAUCAUGUCAACAUAUGAUGAAUACCAUUCUCAGAUGGGUCGAAGAAUCAUGUCGACCACCGGAAAUCCAUGAACUAGUUCGACGUCAAGUACAAAAUUUUCGUCCUUAA